AGUAAAUAUAAUGGGACUAUAUUCUUAGUUUGCUGCUGUACUAUAAAAAUCAGCUGUGUUUUCAUUCGAAAGUGUCAUAAUGAUUUACGUUUCAUUUAAAUAAUACAAAAAAAUAUGCAAUAUAAUUUUUUUGCGUUUUCUACCAAUAAACCAUAAUUACUAUAAGAAGUUAAUUAUAUUUCGAAUCCAAAAACUUUUUGUUAAUCGAAGCGGUUGUUUUAAAUGACAAUAAGUUGUGUUACUGUGACGUCUUUAAAGUUUACAAUUUUGUAAAAAGAAAAAAGUUGGAGUGCGAAACUGUGAGGAUAAAUAAAUCUCAUAACUAAUAAGAAAAAUUUUGAUAACUUAUUUCUCGCUCUUCCUUUUAAUCCGACAUGAGAAAGCAACAUUUUACAACUCAAGUUGCCUGUUUGGUUAAUCCUCCAGUUUUAUCAAAAUGUGAAAAACUGCAACAAGAAAUGUUUGAAAAAAUUUAUGCUUCCAAUAAAGCAUUUUUGGGAAGAACACCACCUCCAACUGUUCCACCUAAAGCUAUUAAAGAAGGAUUUGGAAUUAAAACAGAAAAAGGCGAUUCUGCUGGUGUACUUAUGUAUCCGCUCAAUUGCAGAAUUUUCCAUUCGGUAUAUAAUGAUUCAUUCAAAGCUCCAAAGCAAAUUAAUUAUACAGAUGUACCUCCUGCUGGUUUGAAAAUGGAAGGAAUAGAUGAAAAUGGCGGUCAGAUGAAAAAGGUGUUUGAAGAAAUAGGAAAUGUUGAACCAACUGUAAUUGCUCCCCUGACAACUCUUCAAAAGAAAAAUAUAAAAAACAAAAUGUUGUCUGUAAAAGGGCUCAAUAGGGAUUUAACUGAUACUGAAAAUCAUCUCCAUUAUCUGACAAUACAAGAUCAAGCAAAAACUUCUUUGCAUUCAGAAAAUUUAUUACUUGCACUGUGGAACUUGGUGAAAAAUAAAAAAUCUUGCUAUCGUAAACAUUUUAAUUCCUAUUUGAAAUCAUAUUUGCAGAUCCAGGGAAUUUUUGCAAAACAAAAACUACGAGCUCCCCUUAUGCUGUUUCUAUUGAACCACUAAAAAUUACUUCUGCUGAUGUUGGGAAUCACAAAUCUUCAGCUCCUUUGAAAACAGCUGGGCUUCCAAGUUGCCGAAGUGACAUAAUGAAACCUAAAUUAAGAAGUGUUGCAGACUACAAUGAAUAUGGUGAUAUUAAAAGUCUUGCAAGUAUUGUACAGCCGAGUACAUUUGAAAAAUAUGGAGUUUAUGAAGAUGAUCUUGGCACUCUGAGAUCAAAAGAAGAGAUCCAAUCAAUCCUUAUUCAAAGUGGAAUAUGUUUUAACAAUGAAGUAUUCACUGCUGUCUGGCAAAAAGUUAACAAGAAGAGUAAAGCUAGUAUUGGGGAAAUAUGGAGUGCUCUAAAAUGCCUCUGCCUGACAAAAAAUCAUUUGUUUUCUUAACACAAUUAAAAUGACUAAGUCCUGCUAAAACAAGACAAUUCACUGAAUUUGUCUUGUUUUAAUAUUUCUAUUUAUAGUAUGCUGUUUUCAAUAAAUUAAUUAUUCUAAACAA